CGUAUAGAAGCCCUCCGUCACUUUUCACCAUCGUCGCAUUGCGGGCAGCAAGUGAUUUCAGUUUCGUCUCCAAAUCUUUUCAAGGCAAUAGGGAAGCCGUACCCAGCGACACAAAGGCACACUGAAGACACGCCGAAUUCGUUAUGACACACAUGGUCUUUCGCGAGACCACCGGCUCAGUAGUCCUCGACCUGGAUCGCAGCAACGACUCUGACCAAGACACACCUCUCUUGACACGGCGGUCCGACAGCAACAGCGAUGACGACACGUCCUCCAUCGAGACACUCAGCGAGUGGCGGAACCUCAAGUCCUCCUGCUCCUCACCCACGCCCGCUCGUAUCGUUCCACCACCCACCACAUCCAUCCCGGUAGCGGGCAAGCUCGACUAUCUGGAAGGACUCCGCGGCGUCGCAGCCUUGGCUGUGGCGAAUGCGCAUAUAUGGCUGAUGGAUAUCGUUGGCGACACGACGGCGAUGAAAUACGUGCAAUUCCUGUCUGUUAUUUGCGAGCUUCACGUCUCGCUGUUCUUUGUGCUCAGCGGUCGAGUGCUGGUCAUAAGUUUCUUCAAGCGGAGGGAUCCGGCGAUCAUGGCUUCCGCGGCCGUAAAAAGGCCAUGGCGUCUGGGACUGCCCUUGUUGGGAAUGUUGAUAUUUCACGUCAUCUUGUUCAACAUGGGAUACAAGCAGGAAACGAAUGAUUCCUCGGAGCAUCAUUCCAUCGUGCGCAUCUUAUGGGCUAUUCCAAGAUUUUUUAUAUACUCGAAAUCGUAUCCAUACCCAAUCUUUGUCCAAUGGACCAUCGGCGCCGAGUUUUGGAACUCUUACUACGUAUAUCUCUACGCGUUGAUCAUCGCGGCGAUCCCGCGAAACAAAUAUCUAUUCCACGCCAUCGUCAUCUCCCUGGCAUGGUAUGGCCGCAUGUGGGCUGCAUGCUUCUUCUACGGGGUCUUCCUAUCCGACUUCAUCCAAGAUGGGCACAUGAGGACAGUCAUGUCCCUAUCAAGCCGGACGCUCGUCUACAUCCGAACGAUCUUAUGCGUCAUCCUAGUGAUCAUGUGCAAAGGCGAGAUGGACAAAGACCACGGCCUGUUCAAAUGGUUCAACACCUGGGUCCCCAGCCUCGACAGCGGCAUCGUCGAAACCAACGAAAGCUGGCAAUUCUGGAACCCCUCCCCGAUCCGCAUGACGGGCGCCAUCCUCGCCGUCACCCUCCUCGAAAUCACCCCGCUGCUCCAACGCUUCUUCUCCCUCCGCGCCUGCAAGUUCCUUGGCGAUAUCUCAUUCAUGCUCUAUCUCGGCCACCCGAUCGUGUACAAGCUGAUACAGAACCCGAUCAAGGAAUGGGUGCUUGCGUUCGGGCUGUGGCCGUGGGUCUCCGUUACCAUCGCUUACUUUAUGAUCAUGUCCGUCAACGUCGCGUUGGCGUAUGUUAUGUAUAGGCUCAUCGACAUGCCCAGCGUCGAGGUAACAAAAUGGAUCGACGCGACGUUGUUUGGCAAGCCACGGCCAGCGUCGGCGGUCGACUUGACGGCAAACUUGAAGGGCGCCGCACCACCCUCGCGGCUGCCACCGAUCGUCAACGGCGCCAUUCAGGUAGCGAAACGGUCGUUGAUGAUUUUGCCGGUCAAGUUCAUGAAGAUCGUGCGGGGGGAAAAACAUCACCAGGCAUAUAAAGGCGUUUGAACCGCAGAUUUUGGAGGGAAUCCCCACCACGCUUUAUAUCAUAACCAAAACCGUAACGUCGAUAUUUAUUCCCCAGCUCAGAUUUUGCGAAACUCCCAUAUCUUUUCUGUGCGGUCGUCGGUCCCAAGUUGGUGGUGUAACUUAUGGAUCUGAUCGAAAUUGUUGCGCCGCCUCCGCCCCCACGCCGCUCGAAUGGCAACCAAUGUACAUUUCUGUUGUAUUC